AUGGACCGCAGCCGAACCAGUCGGCCAAACCGCCGCAAGACACAUCCCACGCCUUCCAGCAGCUUUGAGCUCACCGACCAUCAACAAGACACCAUCGCCGCCUCUCAUCCAACCCCAACCUCUCACCUUGGUUCGCCGCCCGCAUCGAUUUCUCAUUCUCACCAAUCUCAUCAGACUCCACACACCGCGCCCCCGAAUCGGUGCGGCAAGCGGCAGGACCCUACUGCCACUGCACCUCACUCUCAUGCUCAGCCUCACGCCCACCCUCACUCCGGAUUCUUCGGCUUCGAAGAGUCGUCGCCUACCACCCCAAGCAGCGGCAUGUCGCUUCGUAAGCGAACUCGCACUUUCGGCAGCAUGGACAGCGGCAUCGCCCCCGCCGCCGCCGGCGAAGAGGACGAGAACGACAUGUACAAAAAGGGUUCUCAUAAUCUCCGGAAGCGGACCAAGAUCGACUACUCCGUCCAAGACUUCGAGGACGAACUGCCCGAGCUUGCGCUCGCCGCUCCGCGCACGGCCACUCGCCGGCGACGCGCAGAGAGCGAAGCAGCCGCUACGGAAGACGCGCUGCCGCUGCCGCUGCCCAGCUCGCAGCAGAGAAGGGCAACUUCGCGGGACUUUAGCAUCGCCGAUGGAGGUGGUGGUGCUGCCGGUACAGGCAACGCUGCUACUGCCGCUGCUGCUGCUGCGUCGUCCGGCCGUCGAAGGAUUUCGGCCAAGAAGAACCCUGAGCACCACACCUAUUUCCCGCAUUCGGAUGAUGUCGUUCAAGACACCAUCGAAGUAGUGGGCGAUUCAAGCGACCUACGGACCUCCGUCAACGUCUUCGGCCAUGAGCCGAAGGGCGCCACGUCUCCCGCCGUUGAGAAGGAACUCAGUCAAGUCAAACCGCCUCCUCCUCCUUCUUCUUCAUCCGACAGUCACGUAUCGCCUCUCACUCGACGACGAGCCUCGCGAGGAGACAUUCGAAUGAAUGACGAGUCAAAUGAGCCUGGUUCUUCGCCCACUCCGACUCGCCCCAUCAUCAAUCAUCGGGACGUCUCUGGCGAUGCACAGGUCCAACGCCACUAUGGUCAUCACGCCUCCGCCAUGCCACCAAAGCGACGAAGACAAUCACGAGAGACCGCGACGAGGCUGAUUGAAAGCAUCGUCAACGGCCACAAUGUUAAGCCAGAGCUCUUUCAGAAUGGCAUCUCUACACAUGGCGACGCAGUCGCAACACGCGACAUCAACGAUCCCAACACUCGCACUGUGGCACCAUCCAACACUGAUCAUUCUCCAAGGCGACAUGGAGACACGACUGUUGCAUCAGAAUUGACUCAUCAUGGGGGAGAAGCCAUUUCCCGUCUAGGUCCUCAAGCAUCAGAAUCUGAAUCUCACCCUUCCCAGUCACCGAAUCAUCAAUCUGCCGGGGAUUCAUCGUUGAAAACCAUCAAGCAGUCAAACUACGAAGACGCUUGCAAACUGCCCAUCACAACACCAACACCAACACCAACACCAACACCAACACCAACACCGCCCAGUCAUUCCAUUCACCGGCUUCUCUCGAUCCCGGACGUCGGAUCAAGAAAACAGGCCGAAGAAGAUCGUGCUGUUGACAUUGGACGCCGCGGCACCAGCCCCGAGGAGAGCACAAGGGAACAAAAAAUCUACCCCUGGUCCCACCUCACACCUUAUGUAGAGGGCGAAUAUGUGACCCACCCGGAACCCAUGGUGCAGGUUGUUGGGACCGAUGCCGACGCAGAUGCAGAUGCAGACGCAGACGCAGACGCAGACGCCGAUUCCGAUGGGGACGAAGACGAUGCCGAGGGCCAUGACGGUGAUGGUGCGGCGGACGAUGCGGAACCUGAAACUGCGAAGAACGGUGGUGACAAUGAAGAGGCACGUCGGGACGGCGAAGACCAUGAAAGCGACCGCGCGGACAUGGGUUUGCACGAGAAUGACCACGACAACGAGCUUGAUGCCCAUGGCGACGAUGAUACGCCAGGAGUGAACGGCAUCGUCGACACCGAAUCGGCUCUUCCCACACCUCUCACCCACACACCUCGCCCUGGCUCCCCCGCCCCAGCGUCGUCCGCUGCUCCGACCGGUACCAACACGCCGGUGCCCACAGAGGACAACAACAAUAACAGCAACAGCAACAGCAACAAGGAGAAGCUGCAUGUGGUCUCCACAGCCUCCACACAGGAGCGCGUCGUCCAGAGGGCGCGAAAACAAUACCGGUUCACCAAACUCCGGGACCCCGAGGACUUCAAGCAGUGCUUCCAGGACUACAAGAGCAUGUCGACCGCAGACCUCUGGGCCUUCCUGGCGCACGCCAACGAGACCCUCGUCACGUGGCAAAAGGAAUGGCAGGCGCGCGGCCGGCGCGUCGACGACUUUGAGAACGCCAAGCGCCGCGCCGCCCACGACGCCGAAUACGAGAAGAAGACGGCGAACCUCAACCAGUUUGCCAAGAUCGAGUCGUACAUCGAAAAGGACUUUGAGCUCCGGGGCUACCGCGCGCCCGUCAAGGAGAAGGAGGAGGGCACCUACCGGCAGCGGUGGCAGGACCGCGUCAUGGCGAGCGCCUACGGGUUCGAAUACGACCCUCAUCCCAGCAAGGUCGGCCAGCAGGACCCAAUCGCCCAACGCGACGGCAUCAUGGCUGGCCGACAGCUGCGCAGCCAGCCGCAGCAGACGGCCAAGGCCGCUGAGGCAGGUGACGGGGGCGACGGCGUGGGUCUGGUCGUCACGGGGAAGAGGACCCGGAAUCCGCCCAAGUCGUACGUAGGCUUGUUACAGGAUGACAACCGUUCGGCAACCCCGGUGGACCGUGGGUCCAAGCCAGCAGCAGCAGCAACAAUAGCAACAACAGUGACAGCAACAGCAACGGCAACAGCAACAGGAGCCGCAGCAGCACCCAGGAAGCGUGGCCGACCGGCCGCCAACUCACAAACGCAAGCGGUGGAGGAAGACCAGAGUCAGCUAGGACAGGGUCCUAAGAAACAGCAGCGAGGCCCCAAGACCAAAAGGGCAACAGCCGCCGCCGACACUCGGGCGGGCUCGCCCAAUGCCGAUGAUGAGACGUCCGAGUCGCCUCGCAAGCGAAAGCGCGGCCGAAAGCCCAAGGCGGCGGCGGCGGCGGCCAUAGCAGCAGCCACUGUUCCCACUGCCGAGGGUGACGAAGACACCAUGUCCGAAGCCACGGAAGACGAUGACGAAACGGAGGAAGAACCCACGCCGAAGCGUGCUCGCACGACUCGUGGCCGGGGCAGGCCGACCGCCCAAUCGACCAAGCUGCACAACGGUAGAAGCGCUGCUGCUGCUGCUGCGGCGGCCGACACGACGGAUGGCAUGUCGGUGACAUCGGCGACCUCCGACAAUGAGAACGAAGGCUUCUUCUCCACCUACGGUCUUCGACACGCGAAGCGACAGCGAAACUACCACGACGAGGCAGACGCGGACGAGGAGGCCAUCACAGCCACGGGGACAGAGCCCGCCAAGAAGCGGCUCCGCAUCAAUCUCAAGCAGACCGUCGCGGGUGCAGAUCAUCAUCGUCCUGCCAUAACCGGCCGGCAUCAGAACACGAGGUCAUACGCCCUUCUGAAGCAACUUGAUGCCGCUGCGACCACGUCGUCGUCGUCUCGCUCACAGAAAGGUUCCCCGGCCAAGGCUGACCACAUGAUCGUCACCUUCAAGCAUCUCGGCAGGGACAAUUGGAGUGUGUUCAACCACAAUGGGCACGAUGGGAGGGAAUCCUUAACACCGACGGCUCCCCACGGGCAUCAUCAUCGUGCCGGGUCUUCGGCGGCACAGUCGGUGCCAUCGUCGGCUGCUGCGUCCACACCAGCCAGCCUAGCCGGCGAGGAGCUCAAGGACUACGCGACCAUGACCAAGUCGGAGAAGAUGUCUGCGUCCAUGAAGAAACGAUGGUUGAAUGGAAGCAUGCAGGGCGCCGUCAACAAGCGAAAAGCAACUUUGGCCGCCAAAAAGGCCGCAGCCGCCGCCGCGACAGCCAACAACUCUGGCGCCCCGACGCCACCUGCAACGACUGGCAUCAACGGGCACUAACCAUCACAUGGUCAA